UAUUUUGGAAGAGGAUUGUAAUCACUUGAUGACAGAACUCGCCCUAAAUUCUGGACUACUAGGACACCUUUCCUUAAGAACGAAUUAGUGAAAACCAAAAAAGGUAUUUUUCUUUGUGUACCGUGAAAGAUAUAAUUAAGAAAAUUUCACCAAAAAAAAAAAAGAAGAGGAAGAAAACAAUGGAAAAUUCGAAAAAAGAGCAGCCGCGAAGGAAAAACUACCGAAAGAGAAUCCAAACAGAAGAAGAAGACCAACUUCCACAAUCUCAACAAAACAACAACGAUUCCGAUGACGAAAGAGAAAGAAGAUUGGCAUUGGAAGAGAUUAAACUUCUCCAGAAGCAAAGAGAAAGAAAAUCAGGAAUUCCUGCAACCCUAACUUUGCAGCAAUCACAGCCUGGAAAUUCUGGCGGUUUAGCUACUAAACCGGUUGAUAAGAACGACGGCGGCGGCGGCGAUGGAGGUGACAAAGAUGACCUUGUUCUUCAAGAUACUUUUGCUCAAGAGACUGCUGUUAUGGAUGAAGAUCCCAAUAUGGUUAAGUAUAUUGAGCAGGAAUUAGCUAAGAAAAGGGGUAGAAAUAUUGAUGCUGAAGAUCAAGUUGAGAAUGAAUUAAAACGUGCUGAAGAUGAACUGUAUACAAUCCCUGACCAUCUUAAAGUAAAAAAGCGGAAUUCAGAAGAAAGUUCUACACAGUGGACAACUGGUAUUGCUGAGAUUCAGCUUCCAAUAGAAUAUAAAUUGAAAAAUAUUGAAGAAACCGAGGCUGCCAAAAAGCUUCUGCAGGAAAAGAGGCUUAUGGUUGGUCGGACAAAGUCAGAUCUCAGCAUUCCAUCAAGUUACAGUGCUGAUUAUUUCCAGCGUGGCAGGGAUUAUGCUGAAAAACUUAGAAGAGAACAUCCCGAGUUGUACAAAGAUAGAAGUCAACAGGAUGAUAGUUCUGCAUCCAAACAAACCGAUUCCAAUAGUGAUGCUCCUGGAGCAGUACAGAGGCAGGCCGCAACAGACCAAUUCAUGUUAGAACGUUUCAAGAAACGAGAACGUCACCGUGUUCGGCGAUAGCAUAAACGUGAUAUUAGUGGCAUAAGUUACUUCAAUCUGUGCAAGUUCUUAUUAAAAAAGAGCAGCAGAAUGUGCAGCUCCUUGUGCUUUAUUUUUUAUUGAUUCUCUCUCAAGAAAACUGCAAAGAAGUACCAAGAAUGUAUCAAUUCAGCCAAAACAUAGCCGAGCCGUGUCUGAUUUACUGUCAACAGAAUUGUGAUAAUUAGGCUAUCUUUGUUUGGUCACCAAUAACUUUUGCUGUUAGCCUGUAAGAUAAUGUUGUAUGAACUUCUGCUAAGGGUGCUUUGUUAGAUGAUCUUCAAGUAUUAUACUGUAGUGAUGAUAUUCAGAAUAUUUUUGUAUUGAAAACUUUAUUGUUUAGGACUGACAUUGUUAGUCACGCUUCCGAAUGGCUAAUUCAUUGGAUUUUUUUACUGUUUUCUUACA